AUGUUUGUACCACAAAAGUUUGUCAAAGGACAAGCCAUCGCUGACUUCUUUGUCGACCACCUAGUACCACCUGAAUGGGAGAUGUCCGUUGAUUUUCCUGGAGAUGAUGUGUUUAACAUCGAAAUACUACCACCAUGGGAAAUGUAUUUUGACGGGGCUGCUCGUCAAGACGACGCAGGAGCAGGGGUAGUCUUUGUAUCGCCAGAAAAGCACGUUUUACCUUACUCAUUUGUGCUAACUCAGUUGUGCUCAAACAACAUGGCUGAGUACCAAGCUCUUAUUAUGGGUCUUCAAAUGGCGGUUGAAAUGGGAAUUCAAGAUCUUGAUGUUUAUGAAGAUUCACAACUCGUUGUAAGUCAACUUUUUGGCAAAUAUAAAGUCAAGAAUGAGGAUUUAAUUCCUUAUCACAAACAUGCAUCAAGAUUGCUUGACAAGUUUGACAUUGUUAAGCUAAGCCAUGUUCCAAGGAGUGGCAACAAGAUGGCUGACGUGCUUGUUGGUCUUGCAUCCACUUUGGCACUGGGGGCAGAGGAAACCAUGUCUGUGCCUGUUUGCAAUCGUUGGGUAGUUGCACCUGAAGAAUAUGAAGUUAAAGAUGAUGAGGUUGAGGAGGUUGACAUGAUCACUAUCUGCCAAAAUUGA